AUGGGAAACAAUCCUCGCUGCCACGAUCGACAUUACCAGGAACCGCGUCCUGCCAGCUGGACUCCCUUCUCAUCUUCUGCGUCCCUAGUCACCACCACUCUCCCUCCGAUCACCUCCUUGACGCGCAGCACUGGCAACAGCCGUGCCUCGUUUGCCUCCACUUCUUCCUCUCUAGCACAUUCAGUCUCCUCUGAUUCCGCGUCCACUCGCUCCAGUCCCCUCAACGAGCCACGAAGCCCCUACGAAGGUCAGCCUCUUCUCGCUCCAAGGCGAUUCUUCGGCGGGACGACGUCUUCCGUCAUGUCUCAGGUGCAGUCCUCGAUCUCUGCAGAACCUCACGUACACCCCUACUAUCACGACGCUCCAUCACGGCACAAUCGCACCAUCGAGGACGGCUCGCAUCUGUGGGGCGAUGGCAUGAAGGGCAUCUGGAACAGCCUCACCGGCGCUCCUCAUGGAAAGCCUCGUCCGCAGCCCGCAACCCCGACUAGCAAGGGUGAGCACCUCGAGCCUGCACGUCCCGCCGAUGUCGAGGCCGCCACGUCGAUCUGGGACGUCCCUCGUGAGACUGUCGCCAUGACCAUGGGCUUCCAGGGCAGCUACGAGGACCACUCGUUCCAAUCUCAACAAGGUUGGCAACAACAACAGCAACAGCAGCAGCAGCAGCAACAUCCGCACGCGGUUCCGUCUUACGCAGGUGCUGAACAGCAGCAAUCGCACCUGAACUACUCGUCGUCGUAUUCCAAUAUGCCUGCACCUUCAGGACUCACGGGUGCUACCGCCGACGCGACCCGAUCGCGUGGCAACUCUGAUGCCGGAGCCGUUGGCGACCGUCAUUACCCGCGUAGACCCAACUAUCAGCACACCAGAUCCAACGACGCAUCUGCCGACGCUCCGCACAAUGGUCAGUGGUGGUCAGCCGACUCGCACGCCGCUGUCGACGAUGCUUCGCACUACGGCGCUCGACGUCUGCAGCCGCCUCCGUUGCCCGAGACCCGCUCUACUUCGCGACCCACUUGGCCCAACACAAGCGGUUUCGACAUGAACGGUUACGAGUUCCCGCAGUCCAGCCUGGGCAAGCGAUCCUACGACGAGGACGCCAUGGGUGGAUCGACACAGGGCGGUACCAGCGAUACGAAUGAGACCGCUGCACGCAGAUAUUCUCUCACGGCCAACCUGUCGUUUUCCAGGCCAUUGGCACCCAUCAGCAGUAUGAUGAACAACUACCGUCCUUCGCACAGCGACCCUCGCCGACCCUCGCUUCCCUCGGAUCCAUAUGGACAGCAACAACCAACAACGGCGGCAACGGCGGCGCAACGUGCUGGGUAUCCCAGCCCAUCGCAAUGGAGCCCCUGGAGUCACGCUGCGUCGCAACCUGGAGUAGCGGGCUCGAUGAGCACCUCGAGCUCGUCACCUGUAUUGCCAGGCUGGCGCGACAAUGGCGCCGUGCGAUACGGCGUCGAGGCCAGCUAUCCGUCCCCGAGCGGUAUGGCUGGCAGCGACAAGCGUCAACGUGACCGCUCCUCGUCAUCAGCUUCAGCCGCGCAGCAACAAGCCAACGUGCUCGCCAAUACGCCCUUCCACAUCACCACGGACAUUGUCCUCCGCGCGCCCGCCGGCAGCAAGAUGGAAGAUGUCUACUACGAUCAGCACUGCGAGAUCCGCACGGGUCUGGCCGACCCGCCCAAAUCCGACUUUGAGGUGGAAAACGAAGAGGACCGUCCACGCCGUCAGACGGACAAGCUGCGUUUCCCCGGCGAUCUCUACACGCCGCGAUGGGUGCGCGGCUCGGGCAAUGCACGCGAAGCCUGGUGCGAUCGGUGCGAGAGCGGCAACUGGCUGCAGCUCAAGAACUCGCAGUACUGGUACGACCAGGUGCACAAGCACGGCAUCUCGUCCGUGUCCGGCCUGCGUUUCACGGCGCCCACGCAUCUCAAGGUGUACGCCGAUGCGGCGGGCACCGUCGAGGGCAAGUGCCACCAGUGUAAAGAGUGGGUUUUGAUCUGCACGGCCAAGAGACGUCGCAACUUUGCGGCGUUUUUCAAGCACGCGCAUGCCUGCCAUUCGUACAGAAAGGCGAGCGCUGUGGGCAACGGACCAUAUGUCGAGCACAACCCGGGUGGGCACAGGAACAGCAAGAAGAGCGGUAGCGGCGAUUCGGUUUGA